GACCGGGAAGCGGCCGCUGCUCCGCCCCCGCCCGCUCUGCCCUUCCGCGUUGGCGCAGCGCGGCCCGGGCCCCGGUAUAAAGCGGCGGCCGCCGCCCGGUGCGCGCUGGCCCCAUGGAGACGCAGCGGCGGCCCGGCGGGGGCAGGCCGGUCCUGAGCGUGAGCCGAGGCCGGGAGUACCCCGCGGGGAGCCAUGAGCGCGGGCAGCGUCUCCUCCGCCCCGGGCUGGCCUGAGGCGCUCCCGGCAGCCAGGCCGCCGGCGUCCCGGCUUGGGGAGAGGAUGAGCGGCAGAGAGGCGAGCGAGGGCCGCUGCCUCGGCCUGCCCGGCGCGGAGCCGCCGGAGGAGCCGGGGAGCCCCGGGCGGGAGCCCUGCGACAGCGCCGAGAUGCAGCUGAAGGUGGAUUUCUUCCGCAAGCUCGGGUACUCCUCCUCGGAGAUCCACGUCGUGCUGCAGAAGCUGGGGCUGAACGCCGACACCAACACGGUGCUGGGGGAGCUGGUGAAGCACGGCCCGGCCGAGCGGGACAGCACCGAGAGCCCGGCGGACACCAAGGAGGCCCCGCUGGUGCCGCGGGGGGGAGCCGGGAACAAGAGCCCGGCGCCGGGCCCGGAGGAGGCGGAGAGCGAUAACCUGAAGCCCAUCGUUAUCGAUGGCAGCAACGUGGCCAUGAGCCAUGGAAAUAAAGAGGUGUUCUCCUGCCGAGGUAUCCUUCUGGCUGUCCAGUGGUUUUGGGACAGGGGACACAAGGAUAUUACAGUCUUUGUGCCAUCUUGGAGGAAGGAGCAGCCACGACCAGAUGUGCUUAUAACAGACCAGUACAUUCUCCGUGACCUUGAAAAGAAGAAAAUUCUGGUCUUCACUCCUUCCAGGAGGGUUGGAGGCAAACGCGUUGUCUGCUACGACGAUCGCUUCAUUGUGAAGCUGGCACAUGAGUCUGAUGGCAUUGUGGUUUCCAACGAUACUUAUCGGGACCUGCAGAACGAGCGUCCUGAGUGGAAGAAGUUCAUCGAGGAGCGCCUGCUGAUGUAUUCCUUUGUUAAUGACAAGUUUAUGCCUCCAGAUGAUCCCUUAGGGCGCCAUGGCCCCAGCCUGGAUAACUUCCUCAGAAAGAAACCUGUGGUGCCAGAAAACAAGAAACAGCAGUGCCCUUAUGGGAAGAAAUGCACUUAUGGAAUUAAGUGUAAAUUCUACCACCCCGAAAGGAUCAAUCAGCCCCAGCGCUCAUUAGCUGAUGAACUCCGAGCCAAUGCAAGGUUGUCUCCUACCAGAAGUACCAGUGCCAAGGAGGAGAAAAAGGGCAAAAGAGGUUCCCAGGCAGAGCUCUUGUGCUCUAUGCCCUCAGAGAGUGAUAAAAGCUCUUUGCAGAAGGUCUCUGCAGAGAGGAAGAGCUUCACCCACAAGGCAAAGGCCAGCGAUGCUGUGCUUCAGGUCAAAGGCUGUGUGCCAGGCAGCGUCCCCCCUAACAGUGGGAGCCACAGGUCCUCUGACAGGUACCAGCAGCCUCAUAUGGACUCUCUGGCUUACACCUCUCAGGAGCAUCUUGACUCAGGCAUUGGAUCUCUGGAGAACCAACUGUCUGAUAUGUGGCCUUACAGAUCUACCAGUCACUGUGAUCAUUCCCAUGCUGACCAGGUGGCAGUCUGCACCUGCGGUAGGCAGAGACCCAUCUACCCACAUUCUCCCAGCUUAGAGCAAAAUGGUCUGGUCUCUUACAAGCAUGGUUCCCACAAAUCUUCUUCCUCUGGUGCUAGCUUCUUGCAGUAUAGCCCUGAGAUAUCUCACUCAGGACCACCUCACUCUUUCUCAGGCUAUGGAGUACCGGUACACCCAGCUAAUGCUGGGCAAUACAGUCUGCCCAGUGAGUAUACCACCCCUCCACCCCAUUCUCGUGAGUACUGGUCUGAACCAUACCAGAUGCCUCCUCCUCAAGUGAGAUCUUCCAGUGUGCGAGAUCCUCGCUCAGUGCAGAGAGCCCCAGGGCCAGCGUAUGGGGACUCCUGCCAGUGGGCUGUGUCUGACCAGUUUGCAGAGGAACGGGCCAACGUGCAUGUCAAGCUGUGUGGCAUCUUCCAUCCCCACUUAGUUGAUGCUGUGAUGAGCCGUUUCCCUCGGCUUCUGGAUCCCCAAAGGCUCGCUGCAGAGAUACUCACAUACAAGUCCCAGAAUCCAGGUAUAUGAGGUGAUGCUGAGGGCAGCCAGGCAUGGGAAAAGCUUAAAGGGCGGUGUUUGCACUCUGUAGCUGCCAUAGCUGCCUUCUGAGGGCUCCUUCUUACUCCUUGGAAGUACCAGGCUCUAGUUGGAAGCUGGAUACCAGAUGUGGUAUGCUCACAGCAAAUUCUGGUCUAGGUAUGACAGCAUGCCCCUCUUAGGUGAGAGCACCUUAGGGUCCCAUCUUCCCCAGGGGCUGUUGAAGAGGCUCUGGGUGCUGAACAGAAGAGG